ACCGCGGCGGUUUUGGGGGCGAGCGUGCCGGGAUUUCCAGGUGCUCGAUCCAAACACAAAGUGACUUGACUUGAGAGUAAUCCCCCACUUGUAACUUUUUGGGCUGAAGGUCCUGGAGGGCCAAACGUGGUGAGUUUAUGUGCGAGCAAAGAUCCUCUCGGUAACACCCCUCGGCCUUCUCCGGAGCCGGGGCCGAGCGGAUCCAUCCAUCCCUGCAGUUGCGCCUUUGGGAAGUGCCGUUGCAGGCUGGGGGAGGGGGCCAGGCUUCAUUGUGACAUAAAAACGGCCACUUCAAGGACUUGGAAAAUCCAUCUGCAUCUUCUGGGAGCAGCAAAACCACCUGAGCCCUCCCAGGGGUAUCAGCAGCGAUUUGGGGGGUCCUGGUUGCAAAGAGGGGUCUCCAAAGAGGACAAACGCGGCGCUGUCGCUUCCAGGAGCUUCUUACACAAGACACCCCCAGUUGCUCGUGCUUUCCUCAGCUUGAUGUGGAAAACUUCUCCACAAGAGCCACAGGAUGGAGAAACCAGGAAGAGGAGAAGUUCAGUUAAACCAGGAUCAUUUGGGCAAGCUCUGGAGAAGGAUGGAUGGUAACAACUCCAGGCAACAGCCUGAGGGUUUCGAAAUGGAAAAUAGAUUAUCAGGAUGUCCUUUAAAUUAAAUAUUGAGGUAUUUUCCAAGCCUAAGAGGCAGCUGGAACAGAAAGGCUGGGAUAUUUUAGGAGAGGCAAGGAAAAUGCGUCCUGAGUUUGCCGUGCUCUGCUGGGAAAGGUCUUUGCCAUGGGUUUUGUGCCAGGAAACUUUGGAACGCUGGCAGAGCCAAAGAGCUGCCUGGCAGCAUCUUCCCUGCAUCAGCCCUUCAGCCCCUGUGCUGCAUGAUCCGUGAUCCUCCGGAGCUCUCCGUGCCCGGCUCUUCCCGUGCCACCCUGGGCACAGCCAUACCUCCUCCGGGCAGGCAGGGCCAGGCAGCAGGAACCUGACCCCACCCCAGCUGCCAGGCAUUUGGGAUGUCCCCUCAUGUCCCCCCAUCCUGGCGUUCCAAGGGGCUGGGAGGAGCGGGAUGUGCCCCCCAGCCCCGCUCCUGGUGUCUGUUCCUGCUCCAGCAUCCCUGGGAUUGACUCUGGCUGUAUAUGUGGAUGUCUGUAUUGGGGUACUGUGUAUAUUUUAGGGUCUGUCAUGAGCAUAUCUGGUUAUAAAUGUGAUCUAUCAGGACAUAUCCAUUUCUCCCACAUCUAUCCACUGCUGGCUUCCCAGAAAUGGGAAUCCUUUGGACUUUUCUGUGCUGCUCAGACUUUAAAAAGGAAAAAUAAGAAAAAACAUGAUUAGAAUGAAGUUGUUGCCCGUGGCAUCUUCUCUUCUCCAGGACCCCUCCCGAUGGUCUCCAUGGGCAGGGGAAGCUGUGGUGAGCUGCUCUUGUGGUGUUCCAUUAUCCCUUCUCCCUCCACCAUCUCCCACCGGGGACUUGUGUCCAUUGGAUUGGGAAUAUUGGAAUAAAUACCUUUGGAGAAGCAGCAGCUCCCCUGACCCCACGGCUGUCAAUGGCUGUCCAUUGGAUUGGGAAUAUUGGAAUAAAUACCUUUGGAAGAGCAGCAGCUCCCCUGACCCCAGGGCUGUCAGAGUGCCCUUCCCAGGCCCAGGGAUCCCGGGUGUCUCCCACUUGUGCUUCCCAAAAUUCCUUCCCCAGGGAUUCCUUUGCUUUUCCAUUGUGGAUGAAGCCAGGAGAAAGAGGAGCUCCUGGCUGCAAAGGCAGCAGGAAAAUACUGAAUUUUGGGGAAACGAGACCCACUCACCCAGGGAAGGCAAACCAGGAGAGCAGGAGGCACAUGGUGGAGUCCUCCUUAAACCCUGUGUUCUUGAAUCCAAGGAAAACCUGGGCCUGGGGUGUUUAGAUGAAACUGAGCAGGGUGAGAAGGGUUUUAAAAACCCAAAAAUCGUGUAAAGAAGCUGGGAGGAGGGAUGGGGGGCUCCAGGAGAAUGCUUGGGACCAGCGUGCCAAGAAACGGGGAGCAGCCACAGGGAAGAGGCCGCGGAGGGGGAUCGGCCCUGCGGAGCUCCAGCAUCGCCGCUUCUCCUGCAGGUCCAGGCGCGUCCCCUCCGCGGCACCGGGCCAAGGAAAACACCGGCGAGCCGAUCCCUCCCCGCGGCUCGGGGGCCGCUCUUCACCCCGGAGCCGGAGCCGGGGGCCCCGAGGCCGGGGCUGAGUGUGUCGGUGCCGCCCGUAUGGCGCUGCUGCUCGGGGCUGUGCUGCUGGCGGCGGGUGCUGCCGUUACCGGGGCUGUUCCCGGUGCCGUUACCGGGGCCGUUACCGGUGCCGUGCCCGCGCCCCGGGAGCUGGCCCGCUCCGUGCUGGAGACACACGGGCAGGAGCUGCGCCUGCUGCGGCUGCUCGGAGUGACCAGAACGAGCUUCGACUGGGGGACCCACUUCAGCAUCAACUUCACGGCCCGGCAGCCGCCCUGCCCCAAGCCCGCCCCGGAUCCCCGCGCCUGCCGGGGCCGCCCGGGCAGGGUGCAGCGCUGCUCGGCCCAGGUGUCCGUGUUCACCUUCCUGCCCGACGUGCCGCUGUCGAUGGUGGAGUGCGGCCGGGAGGCGCAGUCCGCUGACAGCGCCCAGCCCCGCUCCCCUGGCACCAACCCAGGUCACUCAUCUUCAUCCUCCUCAUCCUCCACCCCAUCUUCAUCCUCAUCGCGGCCUCGCCCCCGGCAGGGACCGUCCCGCCGCCCCCUGUCCCCAGCGCAGCUGCAAUAAAGAGAUUUCGGGGUCGGA